AUGGGAGACUCUGUUCCUGUUCCUGUAUUGGAAGGAGAAGAAAAAUUGAUUGCUGCUGCACACCAGAUUGUUAAAGCAUUGCACAAUAAGAAGGAUUUUUUAACACAUGAUGCAAGAAAAAUCCUGGCUGAUUUAGGCUCUCAAUUAAUGUCUUCUAUAACCAAACUAGACACUUUACAACAAUCCAAUUCCAAAUCCCUUGAGGAUCAGCUUAACAUAUUGCAAAAUAAGAUCAUGAGCUGGGAGGAGUUAGAAGAUCAUCAAUCAGUUAUAUGGAAUUGUGGCCAAGAAUAUGUACAUGAUUAUUUGACAUCUGUUGAUCAACUUCUAAAAUUCACUCAACAGUUAGAGAGUAAUAAUUUGGGGGUGGAUAAACCACUUGAUGACCUUCUCAUCUCUAGGGCUCACCAACUUGUUCGAACAGCAAUGAAUCGGCUUCAGCAGGAGUUUAAGCACUUGCUUGUUCAGAAUAGGCAGCCUUUCCAGCCAGAGCAUAUGUCUUUUCGUUCAAACGAAGAUGAUGACACUUCAAUUGCUUCAUUUGGAGAUGAUUCACUAGAAGAUGUGCUUCAAAGGGAUAGCAUGAGUAGACGUUCCGAGGAAUAUAUAUCUGUUGUUGAACUUGUGCAUCCUGAUGUCAUUCCUGACUUAAGGUGUAUCGCAAAUUUGAUGUUCAAUUCAAAUUAUAGUACAGACUGCUCUCAAGCAUUUGUUAAUGUAAGGAGAGAUGCAUUGGAUGAUUUCUUAUUCAUUCUUGAAGCGGAUAAGUUGUGUAUUGACGAUGUGCUUAAGAUGGAAUGGAACCCAUUGAACUCAAAAAUCAGGAGGUGGAUACGUUGUAUGAACAUCUUUGUGCGCGUUUAUCUUGCAAGCGAGAAAUGGUUAAGUGAUCAAAUUUUUGGUGAACUAGAUCAUUCAGUGAGUUCAGUAUGCUUCGUUGAGUCUUCAAAAGGUUCAAUAUUGCAUCUUUUGAAGUUUGCUGAAUCAGUAGCUAUUGGAUCUCAUCAACCAGAGAAGUUGAUUCGGAUUCUUGACAUGUACGAGGUUCUUUCAGAUCUCAUGCCAGAUAUCGAUGUUAUGUUCUCUGAUGAUGCUGGACUAUGUGUUAGGACAGAGUGCCAACACAUCCUUACAAGUUUGGCUGGUUGUGCAAGGACAACUUUUCUUGAAUUUGAACAUGCUGUUGCUUCUAGCGUAUCAGCAAAUCCUUUUCGUGGUGGUGGAAUACACCACCUCACGAGGUACGUUAUGAACUACAUGAAAACUUUAACGGAUUAUAGCAAGAUCCUCAAUGAGCUACUGAAGGGCGAUGAGGAGGAGGAAGAUUCACCACAAGACAUGACACCAGAUAGAGAAGAAGAAGAAGAAGAUAACAGUAACGGAUUAAGUUGUUACAUUUCUCCGUUGGCUCAAUAUUUUAGAUCAUUUACUUCAAUUUUGGAAUGCAACCUUGAUGACAAGUCGAAGUUAUAUAAGGAUGAAUCAUUAGGUCACCUUUUCUUGAUGAAUAAUAUUCACUACAUGGCUGAAAAGGUGAAGAAUUCUCAUGAUCUAAGAACAAUACUAGGCGAUGAUUGGAUUCGCAAACAUAAUUGGAGAUUCCAACAACAUGCAAUGAACUAUGAGAGAGCUACUUGGAGUUCCAUCCUCUCGUUACUUAGGGAAGAAGGGGUUCAUAAUCCAGGAUCAAAUUCUAUUUCAAGAACUCUGCUGAAAGAGAGACUGCAAUGCUUUUACGCCGCAUUUGAUGAAGUUUACAAGAGCCAAGCAGGUUGGUUGAUUCAAGAUUCCCAACUUCGUGAUGAUCUACGUAUCUCAACAUCUCUCAAGGUUAUCCAAGCAUAUAGGACUUUUAUUGGAAGGCACAGUAAUCAUAUUAGUGAUAAAUAUAUUAAGUACGGCCCCGAUGAUAUGGAGAAUUUCUUGUUGGAUCUGUUUGAGGGAUCUCCAAGAUCAUUACAUGGUUCUUCUCACAGGGGAAAAUGA